GUGUAGUUCCAAAGCCGACGGAUCCUAUUUUAGUGGAGGGUUUGAGACAAUUUAACUCAAUUUCCAUAGUAACCAUAGCAACCCUCAUAUUGAACAAGCUCAGUGUAUGGCUUGGCUGGUUAGAAGAUAGAGAGGCCCACGGAUCUGGAACGAGCGGCAGCUGGUGUGCCGGAUCUGAGCCGACGCUGAGAGGCUCUGUGCACGCGCCCGCAUCUACGGUGGUUCGCCAUUGGAUUUGUGGCUGAAUCAGCUGGACGGCCCAGUGAAUUGGUCUUCUUAGAUGACAAAAGCUUUCUUUGGUAUAAACCGUUAACCCCUUUUCAAUUCCAGUUUUGCUCUGUUUUCGGUUGUUAAUGGAGAACUUCGAUUCGUCUUCCGACGAUCGACAGAAUCUAAUCCACCAUAAUGAAACCAAUCACUCCCCUUCACCUCAUUCCGACGCCUUCCACGUCGGCGUUAACCACCAUCUUCGCUCUACCUCCCCCCGUCGUUCUUUCUCCUUCAAAAAGAGGUAUCUCUUUGCCAUUUUCCCCCCUCUCUUCCUUCUACUCCUCUAUUUCUCCACCCAUCUUACCAAUCUUUUCUCUUCCUCCUUCACAGCUUUCGAUUUGCUACGUUAUCGAAUGACGGAAUCUGAAUUGCACGCAUUGUUUUUGUUGAAGCAGCAACGCUUAGGUCUUUUGACAAUGUGGAAUCACUCUUUUACUUCUCACUCUAAUUCCACUUCUGAGGACCUAAAAUUAUCGUUGCUUAGGCAGAUUUCGCUGAAUAAAGAGAUCCAAAAUGUUCUUUUAUCUUCACAUCAAACUGGGAACUCAUCUAAUGAAGUAUACGAUGACGGUCUCGAUCUUGUUGGUUCUGAUUUCGAUAGGUGUAGAAAGGUGGACCAGGAAGUUCUCAAUAGACGAACUAUCGAAUGGAAUCCGAAAUCGAAUAAGUUUUUGUUUGCUAUUUGCGCAUCAGGACAGAUGUCGAACCAUUUGAUUUGCUUGGAGAAGCACAUGUUCUUUGCGGCCAUUCUUAAUCGAAUUGUGGUUAUUCCUAGUUCUAAAGUUGAUUAUCAGUAUAGUAGGGUAUUGGAUGUUGAUCAUGUCAAUAAUUGCUUGGGUAGGAAGGUUGUCAUCUCUUUUGAAGAAUUUUCCGAAAUUCAGAAGAACCAGAUGAAGAUUGAUAAGUUUUUCUGUUAUUUUUCAAAACCUGAUCACUGUUAUUUGGAUGAUGAGCAUGUAAAGCAGUUAAACAAUAUAGGGGUUUCCACAGCCAAACUUGAGUCUCCUUGGGAUGAGGAUAUCAAGAAUCCUAGUAAAAGAACGGUUCAAGAUAUUGAGUCCAAGUUCUCUUCCGAUGCCGAUGUUAUUGCCAUUGGGGAUGUCUUUUAUGCUGAUGUAGAGAAUGGCUGGUUUGUGCAACCGGGAGGUCCUAUUGCUCACAAAUGCAAGACCCUUAUUGAACCAAGCCAUCUUAUUAAGGUCACUGCCCAACGUUUCAUUCAGACUUUCUUGGGGAGCGAUUUUAUAGCUAUUCAUUUUCGACGACACGGGUUUCUCAAGUUUUGUAAUGCCAAACGUCCAAGUUGCUUUUACCCUAUUCCUCAAGCUGCAAACUGCAUUGCAAGUGUAGUUGAACGGUCCCAUUCUCCUGUCAUUUAUCUUUCCACCGACGCUGCAGACAGUGAAACUGGGUUGCUACAGUCCCUUGUUAUGGUGAAUGGAAAGCCUAUACCACUAGUUAAACGACCUCCUCGAAAUUCAGCUGAGAAAUGGGAUGCUCUACUUUACCGGCAUGAAAUUGAGGAUGACUCUCAGGUGGAAGCCAUGCUGGACAAGGCCAUAUGUGCAAUGUCAAGAGUGUUCAUUGGAACAUCUGGUUCUACUUUUACUGAAGAUAUUUUGCGUUUAAGAAAGGAUUGGCGAUCAGCAUCUCUUUGUGAUGAAUAUCUCUGUCAAGGUCAGGACCCAAACUUUAUUGCAGAAAAUGAAUGACCAACACAGAACUUUAUCAUUCUUCCUUUUUUUAAGAAAAAAAAAAUUGGAAAUUGAUUCUUUGAUUCAACCCAUUUUUAUUCUCUGGAUUUUACUUUUCACUUGAAAUUUCUUGGCAUGUAUCAUACAUAAAGUUAGAUCUGUGUAGGACUGGGAGUGUGUUAAAAAAGAAAAAGAAAAAAAAAGGAGAAAAGUAUUCCUGAAAUUGAAGUGUUGUAAUGUAAUGUAAUGUAACAUAUCCAGUUGUCUUUUUCCUCUUUUAGUGAAAUGGAUGGAGAUUGCAAACGUAGGAUAUUUUGCUUUCCAA